CUGUGCUGCAGCGAUGUCUGCCAUCUAUUCGGGUAUUUACCUGAAACUGAAGAGUCCACAGACUCCAUGGGAGGACAGGCUAAAGCUGGCUCGGUUUGCCUGGAUGUCCUCUCAGUGUCUUCUGCCCAACAAAGAACAGGUACUGCUGGACUGGUGCACUCAUGCCCUCACAAGCUGGUACAGUAAGAAGAUGGAGUUCUCACAGCAUGUGUUGGAAGGUUUGUGGUGUUAUUUGGAUGAUGUGCUUCACAGCCGGAAGCUACAGUCUUUCCUCAAGCAGGGGAAGUCCAUCACUCUGAGACUCAACAUGGUGCAGCUGCUGCUUGACCAACUGCAGGACUAUGCACAUGGUUGCCCUCCUGUGUGUGUGUCCAGCAUAAUGAGUGUGUUACUCUGCAUUCUCUCUUCUCCUGCACUUUCAUCUGUUUUCACCACAAAGUAUGAACUGAUGGUUAACCUUCUGGCCAAGUUCUGCUCAUUGGCCAGCAAUGAGAUACAGAAGUCCCAUUCCAUGACCCGUCAAAGGACUGAACCUGACACAAGUCAACAUGAAACGAUGAUGGAGGAUCUGCAGACUGAACCUGACAAUCUACUAGAUGAGCCAGUGUUUGAUGCAAACUCCAAGUCUGAGAAAAAACAGCCUUCAGCUAAUUUAUUUGAAGCGUUGCUUCAGGUGCUGUCUUGCUAUUUGUCGGUGCAACAACAACAAGCCAACUCGAACAGAGUCUUCACUUUAGUCACCAACCAGCUCAUUCAACCGUUGGUGCUGCUGAGAUACCUACUGACCUCUCAGGAAUUCACAGCUUCUCACUCACACCUGCACCUCCGUCAGCAGCAGCGCAGAGACAUCCGCACCAAGAUCGACUCCAUCCUUCACUUGGCUCUCUUCCCCUCUGAGCACCUGGCUUCAUACAAGGCAGAACUUUUUCCAUCUAAAGGUCCAUCUGGAAAACAGGUUUCAGGAGGCUCAAAAUGGACUUUGAAGCCAGUUAGUGCUUUACUUUGCAAACUGAAUGCUCAGAAUGACUGUGAACAGUCUCUUUACUCUUUGAAGUCCGACACGUCGUCUCUGCUGUUCAAGUUCUUUCUGGAAAGCUACGGAAAAGUACGAGGAGAACGUGACGAGGAGCAGGGAAUGCUGUGUUUUUAUUUUCUGGUCAGACUGGUCCCAGUUUUAGAUCUCCAUCCUGAGCAUCAGGGUUCUUCUUCCCCAGAGAGCUGGAGCCUGGCUCUGCAGGCUGUAGAGUCCCUGUUAAAUCAGGUUCUGUCUGCAGAUAUUUACAAUGCAGCUGCAGACAGGAUCCGGCAUGCAGAUGUCCAGCUCCGGUUUUACAGAGCCUUGGCCCAAAUGCUCCUUAAUGAAGCCCAGCCAAGCAUACCAGCCUGGUACCGGUGUUUAAAAGUGCUUUUGAGUCUCAAUCAUCUGAUUCUUGAACCUAACUUGGACCAGCUGUUAUCCUCAGCUUGGGUAAAUGCUAAAGACCUGGAAACACAAGUGCAACGGGCCAGACAGAUCAUGGUUUGCAGUCUUAUCCAGACAUACACUAAACUCCGUCAGCUGUCUCGUCUCUUCUCCAUCCUCCUGUCUGUAAUCUGUCAGUCUGCUCAAGAUGAUUGUCCACCUCCUCUGCUCUCUGACAGCAUCUCCACAUCCCUCAGGACUUGUCUUUUGGACACACCGUCCUCUCAGGUCCUUGAGAUCUGCUCGUCAGUGUUGAAGAGCAUCAGGGCAUGCAUUCUACCUGGCUUGGUUAAAGAGCAAAGGGAGGCAGAGAUGAUGGAGACUGGUGGAGAUCACAGGAAUCAAAGAACUGAUGCGUCUCUGAAACUCUUCAGUCUCAGUCAGCUGCUUCACAUUGUUUUAUUUAGUCUGAAGACUUUAGAUAACUCCACUCCUGUUCCCUUAGUGAGGCAGAGCAAAAGCUUAAUGGAGGAGAUGCAACAAACAAUCAAGCAGUUACUGCAUCUGUUGGUGGCGGACAAAACCUCUUUAAAACCAAGUUUAAGCUCAGGUCAGAAAGUUUCAAAGAAAGGCAAAAUUAAUGUGGAUGGCAAAAAGUCAGGGAAAGUUUCAAAGUUAAAAAUGGAGACAAACUGGGAGCAGAAGACACAAGAGGCCGUUGUCCUGCUCAGAUACACCUGGGUGGAAGUGGACACGCUCUUCUGCAUCCACUGCAGCAAAUACACAUCUGUUGACUCAUUGCUGACGGGAGCUGAGGAUGACACAGAACCUCCUUCCUGCUCUCCACUCCUGGCCCACAUUGAGAGUCUCGUAUCAGGUUCAGUUUUACCUUCACAUCUUCAUCCCUCUCCCUCUUUCAGUCCCAUGAGCUGUUUGCUGCUCAAACUCCUCACUUUACAGCAGUUGAAAAAGGUUUUGUUGGAUAGCGCUUUAGUCUGUGAAAGCAGCACUACAGCACUGCUGAAGAGAGCAGUUCAGUUUAUUGUGGCCAAGUCGGAGCUGGAGGUGAGACUGGCUGGAGAGCAGGUUUGGGAUGGCCAGAUAGGUAGUGUAAAUGCCAGCACUUAUCCUGUAGCACACUGGUAUCUUAUCGUAUCCAAUUUGCCUCUGAUUGUUACUCACCUGAGUGGCAAAGAUGUUGGCCAUAUAGCACACACGCUUGUCAGUUCAUUGUUAAACGGAGAGAAUGAAAGGUCCAAACAUCAUCCACCUGGCAGUUUGACUUUCUCUGUCAUCUCUUCACAGCUAAUUCAGAGCUCAUCGUUUUCAGAGCUGGCUUCAGUUUUCUCCGCCACCAUUCAGUCCCUCUCACAAAGGGUUAUCCGUGUGCUCAAAACAGGAUGCACACCCAAAGGUUUUCCAAAGUUUCUGACCAGUCACGAGAAAGAAACUGCCGCUCUUUCUUCAGAGAUCGAUCUUAGUCAGCCUGUUUUCUCAGCGGUGAUGACCGAGGCUAUAGUUGAGGAUAUUUUAACGUCUUCUAAAAUGAGAAAGGUGCAUAUUUUGCUGACAGACGCACAAACCAAGGAGAUUUUAAACUUGUUUCAAAUCUUAACAGCCCUCAAUCCAGAUGGAAUGAGCUCUGAGGAUCUUUCCGGUAUCUUCCUUCUCCUCCUCUUCACAUUUACCUCCACAUCCAGACAGCUGGACCAGGCGAGCGUUGAGUUUCCUGAAUCUAAAAGUGAACCGCCAUUUUUAGGAAAGCUGUCCAGGGCUCUGACCUUUCUCCUUGAAGGUACUAACUUUCAAAGUGUUCUGAAGCUCAUGCAUGGUGGCACUCUACUUCAGAUGAUUCUGUCAUCUUUCCUCUGGCAUAGCAACCACACUAAACUUCAAGAAACAUUUGCCGAUUGGCACGAUGUUGUCAAAGCAGCUCAGGGCUUCAUAAAAGCUUUCGUCCACUUGAUUAUAACCAGAAGAAUCAGUGUCAAGCUCAACCUAGACCAGUUUGCUUCCUUUUUAACGAGUAAGAAAAUGGUAGGUGUAUUAUCCAGUUCAGAAUCUUCUAUGCCAUCUGUUUAUCUUUUGCUGGCCUCUCUGACUUCAUUCUCCCAGACAAUUAUCUCCAACUUGGGAAGAAGCAAACCCAUGGAUUCAGAUUUAAUUGAAACGCUGGCUAGAACAACUUCUUUGCUUGGAUCAGCUGUUGAGUUCGUGCUAAAGCAUCACCGUGAUGCAACCAUCCAGCCAGCCAGCAUCUUCGAUCAAGCCUUUGUUGUUGAAGUUGUUACUGUCAUGCUGAACUGUGAGCUGGCAUUGUUAUCGGUGGAAACUGAGAGCAAACAGAUGAGCACCCAGCUCACCCAUAUGACCCUUUAUCAGAUAAUCUGCCAGCAGAUUCUCAAAGAAAUGAGCUCUGCGCCAAGGCCCAUGGACUUCCUGCUUUUCUCUCUCCACUUCCUGUCUGCAUUUUAUAAAACCCUGGAAGUUCUGAAAGCAGAGGAGGAGCAAGGUGAAGAGAUGGAGGAGCUUUAUGUUCAGAUAUUGCAGAAUGUGCUCAGACUUCUGAAAGCUCCUUGGUUGUCAAUAAAUGAUGUUGAGAAACUUGAGCCUGCAGUGCAGGGGCUGUUGCGCCACCUGUUGGAGAAAACUACUACAGAUCAGUUCAGCAUGCUUCUGCUGAUGGUCACAGAGGGACUGGAUGUCAGCAAGCUUAGAGCAGGAAACUACAAGGAGGUCCUGUCUGCUGUAGUUACUACGAAGCUGCUGUCCACUUGUCAGUUACCGGAGACCUGCUCCAAAGCUCUGUGGGUUAUCGCACCUCAGAUCAUUUCUGCUAUGGUGUUCUUGGUUAGAACGUCCAGUCAGGAUGACUCUCUCACCCGCUCCUUCACCGUUCCCACCGUGACAUCCAUGACAUCGUUGUUGCGUCAGGGGGAGGGACUCAUCAAAAACCCUCAACAUGUGAAUAUGAUUCUUGGAGCGCUCCAGUCGCUGCCUCUCAACCACCUGAGCCCACCUGUGUACCACUCUGUGUUCAUGGCUGUCCACGAGGCGCUGUUUGCCAUCAUCCAGUGCCACCCUAAGGUACCAGAAGUAAAAUGA